AUGUUACAAUGCGCGCGAGUUGUACGUGCUGCCGGUAAAGUAUUGUAUCCCACCUCAUCGACGAUAGCCCGGGACUUUUAUGACUGCUGUCGACACGUAUUUGAAAUUAAACUUCAUGAGGAGACAUUUAUUGGUGAGCGUUCUUCGCAGGUACGUGGUCUUUUUCUCUCAAUGGCACGUCAAACGUCGCUUCCCUCGAACCAGCCAAUUGCUACGAUUCCCCUCGCAACACUCUACACAGAAACUAACAUCCAUGAAAAGCUGAAUACUCUUCAACACCUAAGAACUGACCACGUACGCGAUGCAAUCGCAGACGAGGAGUUUAAACUCAUGGCACCGCAACUCUAUAUUGGAAUGCAGAUUGCUGCCAUCACGGCGGCCCUUCCCGACAUCAGUAAAGUCGGGGACGCCGAGGAAUACGCGCAAAUCACUGAGAUCCUGAGUAGCGGCGCCAACCCAUGGGCCCGCAUCUACGAUGACGAGGACUUCAGCGAUAAGUUUGUAUUUGGUAUGUACGGUAUGACCCUGGACAGCUGGCAGCGAAAUAGCUACGACGAGAUGAUCGACAAGUUCAACCGCUCCACCACUUUGGUGCAUGAUAAGUUCAAACUGCCUUUUAAAAUUCACCACUUUCGCCGUAUGGCGCGUCUGGUGAUUGCACGGCUGGAACACAUGCCUCCAUUUGACUAUUAUAAUCACAGCUUCCGGGUGCGGCAGUGGCGGCGUAAUUGUCGACGCCUUUUUCGACUAAAAGAGCCGUCCGAACUGACGUUGAUCCCGCUGCUCGAUUUGGUGAACCAUAGCAAUCGACCAAACUGCGCGAUCCGCGUCGGCCCUUCGGCCCUGCUCGGCGGCGAUCCCGCAAUCACGCUUUUUUCGCUCACCACCAUCGCCCCUGGGGAGGAGCUCUGUCGGCACUACAAUUUCGCUCUCAACCGCGCUAGCGCCUUAUUUCGAUAUGGCUUUCUGCCCUUUGAUUUGAUUGCCAUCAUCGAACAUAAUUCGAUAGAGGAGCACUUCGUGCGGAAUCGGAUGGAGAUGGAUCCAAUCGCGGACGGUGAAAUUGCCAGGUUAGAGGCUGAAAAUCGGGAGGUUGAGAGACUGGAGAAAAUAUUCCAAGAGGCAAAGCGAAACCACUGA